UAAGCGUCAUUCGCGGUUCUCGGCAGAUAAUGCGUUAUGUGAGUGGUUAAUCCGUAUCCCAAAGUUUAUAUGACAUCCCAAGAUUUUUGGCAUCUUUAAGACGAUGACUGUCGUAAAAAGGAUAUACUUGGUAACAGCUCUCAUCUACAAGUUCAUCACUAUUUGUUAUACCUGCAGUUGCCAAGAAAAACAUCCUCAAACAGCCAUCUGUGACGCAGAAUGGGCUUUUCUUGGGACUGUACAGGGUUCUCAGAAUUUUACCGGAGCCAGUGGAAAACCCCAGCAGAAAUAUGAGAUUUAUAUCAACAAGGUCAUCAAGGAUAAAACGAAGUCAAAGCUGAAGGAUAAGGCGAUAGCAGUUGUGUUAACACCAUCCCCACUUGAUGAUUGUGCUGUCAAGGUAGAAAAAGACCUUAAAGCCAUAUUCACAGGAACUUUUGACAAAUUAGGAUCUCCUGCUAUGAACAAGUGUAACUGGCAUGAGGAUUAUUCCAAUGUCCCAAAAUGCCAAAGAAGAAAUCUAUUUAAAAAAUUGUAUGAGAAAAAUUGCGGAUGUACUGUCUGUCUUCCCGGUGAAUGUUCAUCAGACAGCGUACCUCACUGUGUCUGGCGUUCCCAUGACGACUGUGACAACAGACACAGCCACUGUGCCAUGUAUCCAGGAUGUAACAAGUGUUCCUGGAGACGUUGCGUCUCUUAUUAUGACUGCGAGGAUGAUCUAGAACUCUGAUAGUCUUUGUGUAUCCAAGAAUGGCAUGCCAAUAAGUAUUCAUCAUUUUAUUAAAUGACCGGAACUGUUAACCAAUCCAUUUGAUAACCGGACUCCCAAAAGUAUCCCCAGAAACAUUAUGUUUGGAGUGGUUUGGGCGAUAAAAGUUUCUUGUUCCUUGUUUGAUGAUUGGUUGUUACCCGCCAUUGCUUCUUCAUUGUAAAGAUCUCUUUUUACAUUACACCAGAUGUAAGAAUGUUAGAAUAUUCCAAUAAGGGGGAAACUACUGUAUAUCUCCUCCAUGCAGAGAAUAUUUUUAUCCAACGUGAUUGAUCAAAGAAUAUUUGCCACUGUUGAAAAACGACUCGAGCGUUAUCUUUCAAUGUGAAAAGUUGUCUUAUAUUCAACAGUAGAGAGGUUGAGAUUUCAUACGUGUACGUCUAGUAGGGGAAUUCCAUAAAUUUCUUGCGUACGUCAUCAGUUUUGGUGUUGAUAAGUUUUCUACACGUUCCUACAACUUGUAAAAAGGCAUCUACACGUAGGUGUGAACGUGUAGCUUUUUCAAUAAAAACUAGUCAAUUUGUGUGUGAAACUGUUAUUGUUUUUAAUUAUUUAGGAUGUUAUUUUUCAUGAACACUUAUUUUAACCAUAUUUUGUUCAUUAACUAAAGUUAAACUAAUAGAGAGGUUGAGAUCUUAAACUUGUACGCGUACGUGUACGUGUGCAUAUACUUUGACCUACACGUACACGUUUUUUUGUAAUUUGUCUGUUGAGAUUUUCAUGACGUGUAACAUGUACGUGUACACUGCGAUUGGUUUCUCUGAUUCACCUAUUAAGAAGUUUUGUGACGUCAGUUUGAUUUUAGUAAGUAAACAAAACAUGGUUAAAAUAAGUGCCCAUGAAACUAAGCUUCCUUAAUAAUGUACAAUAAUCACAUUUUCACACAUAAAUUGACUCAUUUUUAUUAUAAAGGCUACAAGUUUUCACUUACGUGUAGAUGCCAUUCUACAAGUUCUAGGAACGUGUAGAAAACUUGUCAUCGCUAAAAUUGAUGACGUAAUACGCGAAAAAUUUAGGGAAUUCCCCUACUAGACGUACACGUAAACGUAUGAAAUCUCAACCUCUCUAAUGUCACGAAACUACAAAAUAGUUGAAACAGAGACACCGAUUACAGUCUACACGUUCAUGUUACACGUCAUUAAAUCUCAAUAGACAAAUUUCAAACAACGUGUACGUCAAAGUUUGUACACACGUACACGUACGCGUACAAGUUUAAAAUCUCAACCUCUCUAAAUUAUUUCUCAAAGUGCCCCCUGUACUUUUGAAUUAUACAUAUAUUGUAGAUAAACACUACAUCUUCAUUCAGCCUCCCUUGUACGAUACUACUGUAUCUUCAGUGAUGUAGGUAAUUCAAGGUGUUUUGCCCACUGUACAUUGACUUGUAUAUCCCGAACUGUGUAGUUUUAGAGUUUAAGUACUUGGUAAAACUUAUAUUUGUUGAAAUGUAGAGUUUUUGAAAGAUUAAUUUUCUUCGAUUUUUCUCUAUAUUUACAUUCUGUCUUAUGUGUCUUUUUAAAAACUUGUUUCUUUUUGAUUAGCAAAAGUAAAUUAUAAGAAUUGAAA